AUGCAACAUACUAAACUCUUAUUCCUGUUAUGUCUCACUGCUAUUACAUUGACAGCAAAUGCUGUCGAUCCAGCAUUCACCCAUAGAAUUACACUCGAAAUUCAACAAAAUGAUGAAUACUUAGGGAAUUUGACACUUGGCCUAUUUGGAUCCGUGGUUCCCAAAACAGUGAUGAACUUCUAUCAGCUAUCUGAAACUCAUUAUACCAACACCACUUUCCAUCGGGUUAUUGACGGUUUCAUGAUACAAGGGGGGGACUUUGAAAAUCAUGAUGGUACAGGGGGAUACUCCAUAUAUGGAAAAUCGCAAGGUUCCCUACCUGACGAGAAUUUCACACUAAAGCAUGAUAGAGUGGGACGGCUUUCAAUGGCAAACUCAGGGCCCAACACUGCAGGAUCCCAAUUUUUCAUCACUUCUGCUCCGGCCGAAUUCUUGGAUGGUAAACAUGUGGUAUUUGGUCAACUUAUAGAUGGCUUUGAGACGCUGGGGGCAAUACAAAGAGUUGCAAAAGAUAUCGAAGACAGACCAUUGACCAAUGUCACGAUAUCAAGUGUCAGAAGAGAAGUGAUGGAUGAUCAGAUGGACGACUACACGGAGACAGCCAAACAUCAGAAUUCAACGCCUACUGAAGGAUUGGAGAAUAGAGAAUCGUCACAAGAUCUCAAGCCAGUGCUUGAAGAAAAACCCUGGAGGGAUAAAGUAUGA